AUGCGUCGAGCUGUAUUUCAAACUCUGCAUGGACUCGCCUACCCUGGGAUCCGAGCCCCUCAAAAACUCCUCGCGAAAAGGUUUGUCUGGCCUGGCAUAAACAAGGACGUCAAAGCUUGGGCUCGGUCGUGUCUGAGCCGCCAGCGCAACAAGGCGCAGCGUCACAACAAGUCCUCACCAGGCACUUUCCCCAGUCCUGACGCACGGUUCAGCCAUGUGCACCUGGCUGUCGUAGGCCCCUUGCCCCCAUCCAAUGGUUUCACUCACCUCCUUACCUGUGUCGAUCGAUAUACCCGCUGGGCUGAAGCUACUCCUUCGCCGAAGGUGCAGGCUGAAACCAUCGUGAAGGCCUUCGUCAGUCGUUGGGUCGCCAUGUUCGGUGUCCCAUCCACGGUUACGACUGAUCGUGGUGCCCAGUUUGAGUCGGCACUCUUCCAAACACUUCUCAAUUUCCUUGGCUACACAUGCAUUCUGACGACAGCCUACCACCCAGCUGCUAACGGUAUGGUUGAGCUUUUCCAUCGCCAGCUAAAGACUGCCCUGCGUGCCAUAGAAGACCCAGGAAACUGGUCGGACAACCUUCCUCUUGCACUCCUCCGCAUCCGCGCAGCUCUGAAGUUGGAUCUGGGCUGUAGCACAGCUGAAUUGGUUUUCGGCACUAUUCUCCGACCGCCAGACGAGAUGACCACCCCAACCUCUCGUGGGGCCGACAAGACUCCUGACAAUCUUGUGCACCGUUUGCGGCAGUUUAUGCGCUCGCUUUCCCCAGUUCCACCUCGAGCUCCAAUGACUGAGUCUUAUGUCGAAAUAGACUUGGACAAGUGUACUCAUGUGUUUGUCCGGUGUGACCGUGUGCGCCAGUCGCUAGAAUCACCAUACGAAGGACCGUUCCGCGUGCUCCCACGCAACACCAAGACCUGCCGGAUUUUUCCCGGUGACAAGGAGGACGUGGUCAGUGUCGAUCGGGUCAAGGCUGCUGUUGCAGAGGAGCCGUCGGACCUGUCACAAGGACAAAAAUGUGCUGACCCCCUAACCCCUGUUCCUCCAUCUUCCCUAUCCCCAUGCUCAUUCACCUUGCCCACUGCCUCUCCCUUCCCCUCCCUUGCCCUCUACCCUUCCGUCCCGCAAAGUUCCUCUCCCUACAUGUCUACAGCAUCCAGCUGCAACAUCAUCCCCCACCAUAGCACGCAGUCAACCCUCUUCGACUGUACCUCCUGCUUACAUCACCCGCAGUGGCUGUCACGUUCAUUUUCCCGAUCGUUUAGUUACGCAUUUUUUCUAGACUCAUGCAUAUCCUCCGGCACCGUAUUACGUCGCCCUCCGGUCUAG